CACGUGCUGACUUUUCUUUCUUGCACCCCCUUUGCCCCACCGAAGGCUGAUAACUAAGCGGCGCGGCGCCUGCGCACACUGCUACCUCAGUCUCCCCUCGGCACCCGCGCGGAGCGAACGUAUCGCACCUUUUAUUCUAUAAUAUAAAAAUCUCAGUGAUGUGACAUAUGAACGUGGAAUGUGUUUGUGAUAGUGAUUUAUUAUUUCAAACUGAUAACAGUUUCAGUUUGGCUAAUGUGAUAUAAGGUAUUUUAUACAUGCUUCCAAAUUAAAAAUAGUACUUAAAGUGAUAUAACUGUGAUAGAAGUUUAAAUUAGUAUGCUCUAAAACCUAGUGAUAAUAUCAGUGAAAUGUCUUCUUACUAAAAUGGAGAGGAAACUAACACGUGAAGAUUUCAUGAGGAAAAGUUUUCGAGCCCCGAAGGUGUCGCCCGCUCCAGAGGGUCAGGAACCUACUGUUAACGGAGCGCCACCACCAUCACCGGUGUCUUUAGCCAUGUUGGAGAGAAACACGCAACCACAACGAACCCAGUACGAGAUAACCUCGUCGGGUAUAGCUCCUAAACGACUUGAAAUCAAUAGAGCUCAUCCCAUCCACCUCAAGUCAUUCCAAUCGCCCGAACCUCCAGACGAUACGACACCAAUGCCGCCAUCAGACGAUGUUCUACGCAAACUCGAACGGCAAAUUGGUGAAAUGGAAAGAGGAUUAGAAAAAAGGGCACAGAAUGGUUCUGUUGGUGUUGACGAAAGAGUUAGGUACGCUGAACAUGAGAACCUCUUGCGUACUGGCGUAUCUUCAGUCGGAGGCGGAGGCUAUCUUCCAGCAGAUUCCGAUACAGAGCACGACGUUGUACCAUUCAAUAGAAAUGAAAGUACUCGCAGUAGUACCGGUGGUGCUACUCCAGUACCGAGACCAGCCACUCGACUGGCCAGAACAAACUCUGACACUCAACAAUCAGUCGCAGCUACUGCCAGGAUCAUGAAGAAACUGGCUGACGGCAAUAAAGAUGAAAAGUCUAAGGUUAUAUCUCGAAAGGCGAUACAAGCGCGGAUGGAGCGCGUCAAGAACUCUGUCACGGGAAAACAUGAGCACAGGGUUCUGGCUGAGCAUAGAGUCGAUCCGCCUUCCCCAAGGACACCUACCUCCCCCAUAUCGCCAAGGUCACAGAGUGCGUCGGAGUCGUCGGCGGGCGCGGGCGGCGGGGGCACAUCGGGCGGCAGCGCCCGGGUCUCGUCGCGCUCGCGGGCCUCAGAGGAACCACACAUUGGAAAGUACAAGUUAUUAAAGACAAUCGGUAAAGGCAACUUCGCUAAGGUGAAGCUAGCGAAACAUGUGCCGACCGGCAAGGAGGUCGCCAUCAAGAUUAUUGACAAGACACAACUUAAUCCUGGAUCACUGCAGAAGCUGUUCAGAGAGGUCCGGAUAAUGAAGAUGCUGGACCAUCCGAACAUAGUUAAGCUGUUCCAGGUCAUAGAGACUGAGAAGACGCUGUACCUCGUCAUGGAGUACGCGUCAGGAGGCGAGGUAUUCGACUACCUCGUACUCCACGGGCGCAUGAAGGAGAAGGAGGCGCGCGCCAAGUUCCGACAGAUCGUCUCCGCCGUACAGUACUGCCAUCAAAAGAGGAUCAUACACAGGGAUCUCAAGGCGGAGAAUCUCCUGUUGGACGGCGAGAUGAACAUAAAGAUCGCGGACUUUGGUUUCUCCAACGAGUUCACGCCGGGCGCCAAACUCGACACCUUCUGCGGCAGCCCGCCAUACGCCGCGCCUGAACUCUUCCAAGGCAAGAAAUACGACGGUCCAGAAGUGGACGUGUGGUCGCUGGGCGUGAUCCUGUACACGCUGGUGUCGGGCAGUCUGCCCUUCGACGGGUCCACGCUGCGCGAGCUACGUGAGAGGGUACUGCGCGGAAAGUACAGAAUACCCUUCUACAUGUCAACGGACUGCGAAAAUCUUCUAAAGAAAUUCUUAGUGCUGAACCCUGCGAAGCGAGCCUCCCUGGAGAGCAUCAUGAGGGACAAAUGGAUGAACACCGGCUAUGAUGACGACGAGCUCCGGCCCUACGUGGAGCCACAGCAGGACUUCAAGGACCAUAAUCGGAUAGAGGCGCUGGUGUGCGUGGGCUACAACCGGCAAGAGAUCGAGUAUUCCCUCGCCGAGGCGAAGUACGACGAUGUGUUCGCCACGUACUUACUACUAGGCAGAAAGAGCACGGACGUGAGUACCAAGCCGGAAUCGGACGGCAGCCGGUCCGGUUCGUCACUGUCACUCCGCACCGCCGCCGCCGGGGCUCAGCCACCGGCUAACAAUAACUCCGCCGCACAUGCAGGCGGGGCCGCGGCGGGCGGGUCGCCGGGCCACCGCGGCGUGCAGCGCAGUAUCUCCGCGUCCGCGCGCCCCGCCGCCUCGCGCCGCGCCUCCUCCGGCGCUGAGGUGCUGCGCACGCAAGUGGGUGCGACGACGACAUCAGCAAAUAAUACCACAUCAACGGCCACCACGACAACGUCCAAUUUCAAAAGACAGAAUACAAUUGACUCUGCAUCGAUCAAGGAGAACACGGCGCGGAUCGCUCAAAUGCAGGUGGCAAGCACAACGCGGCCCAGUAGCGCGGCGCCCAAGCUGGAGCCUCGGUCGCGCACGUUGACGGGCGGCACGCGCAGGACGCAGACUUACGACGCGCCGCCCCCACAACCCCCCAAACUGUCGCCCCCUCAUGAUGCACCAAGUGCCCCGGCGGCCGAGACUAAAAACGGCACGGGGAGUGCCACCAACGGGGCGACUUCUACCACGGGCACUACGGCCGGGGCGAAGACCCAUGUGAAAAGUGCGUCGAUAUCGUCCGCCAGUGGUGCUCCGCCCCUCGGGGCUGACGCUCAGCCCCACAACGCGUCCGCAAGGGACCUCGCGCAGCCGCGCCCGAGCCUGAACUCGCAAGUGUCGACUGGUGGUGGUGCGACAGGCGCGCGGAGGGAGUUCCCCAACCCUCUCGUGUUCCCUCGGAAUGUACCCUCGCGGUCCACCUUCCACUCAGGUCAGAACCGCACGCGCGGUUCAAGCGGCGGCGCGUACGGUGACGGCGGCUCCCCCCACCAGGCGCGGCCAUCUUUCUUCUCCAAGCUGUCCUCACGGUUCUCCAAACGGCAAGGAACCGGUAAUGAGGAGCAGGUCAAGCCACGUGUACUCCGAUUUACGUGGAGUAUGAAAACCACAUCCUCCCGCGACCCCAACGAAAUCAUGGCGGAGAUCCGCAAGGUACUUGACGCGAAUAACUGCGAUUACGAGCAGCGCGAGCGGUUCCUGUUACUUUGCGUGCACGGGGAUCCGAACGCAGACUCUCUCGUGCAGUGGGAGAUCGAGGUUUGCAAGCUGCCGCGACUCUCGCUCAACGGAGUGCGCUUCAAGCGGAUAUCCGGCACCAGCAUCGGCUUCAAGAACAUUGCGUCUAAGAUCGCAAACGAGCUCAAGCUGUGACUGCCCGCGAACCCCCCCCGGCGGCGGCGGCGGCGGCGGGCCGCGACGCCCCCGUCCCCCGCGUCCCCGCAGUCGCCCGCGUCGCCGGCGCGCUCGUCGUCGUCGCGCGACACGCCGCCGCCUCCGCCGCCGCCGCCGCCGCGCUCGGACUCGCUGCGGCUGUCGGCCGAGGACAUGGUGCUGGUGGCCAACGGCGGCGCGCGGACGGCGUCGGGCGCGCUGGCGCACUUCCUGGCCGCCUACACGCCCGCCGAGCUGGCGCUGGCGCGGUCCGACUACCUGCGCGCGCCGCCGUCGCCCGCGCGCCCGCCGCCCGGCGCGCCGCGCUCGGCGCUGUCGCUGCGCGCCGCCAGCGACCUGCGCCCGCCGCCCGCCCACUACUCGCUGCGCCGCCAGGGCCGCGCCCGCUCGCCCCCCUCCCCCCCUAACUUCGACCUCAGCUGCGACUGUCUGCCCGUCGACCCCAUCCCGCCGCCGGAGCUCUUCGACUUCUAGACCGACUCGCUUUCCUUCGAAUUUUGUAAAAAUUAACUGGCGCCACCGUCGCUAAUGGCACGAGCCGACCAGCCCGACCUCGUAACGCUACGAAUGACGCGUUCGACAAUCAUCUACUUGUAAUUGUUAUUCCUCGUCGAAUCGUCAUUCGCAACUGUAUACAACUGCGGGUGAGCUGGUCCGUUUUUAUGACAUUGCAGAACAGAAGCUGAACUGUUCUACAGAAGAUGUGGAAGUAAUGCAAUGGUCGCCCGAGUACGCGACAUACAGGUCGUGGCGUGAGCGCGCGUGGCGCCGCCUGACUCGAAUUUGUAUUAUUAUUCGAUUUGUAUCAAAGUGUCUGAGUAUGACAGUAGCGUGGCGUGGCGUGACGUGACGUGACGUGACGUGGCGUGGCGUGACGCGGAGCGGGACAAUAUGUGCCAAGUGAUCAGCAUAGCGCGUCGCCGAGGAAUGAUCUACAUACUUAGUAUACACUGCUCUCAGUUAGCGCAUCUUUGUAUAAAUAAUUUUACUCGUGUCAUGAAUUUUAUUAUUACAUGAUUGUUUUUUCUGUAGAUAAGUCGGCCGUCUGUCCGUGUGUGCUGCGCACUUUUUAUUUAAUUUAUAUUUGGAACUUUGUUUUAUGAAAUCGUGUUUUUUUAAAAGACAUUAUUUAAUACCGUGGGCCGCACACCCGGCCAGGCGGCGUCAUUGUGCUAUCGCUUAUAUACUAUUACAUUAUGUAUUUUAAUCGUUGUAAUAAUGUACAAAGUGAGUUUGAGCUCAACAGAUACAAUCUAGCUUAGUGUUAAUUAUAUUUUUUUUUCAUUUUCCAAUAUAACAAAAUAUAAAUACAAAAUAUGGCUGUCUCUGAAUAGCGAUAAAAUGUUUAUAUGUCAUUGUAAGGGUCGUGCGGCCGUAGUGCGGUGGCGGUACUGUGCGGUACUGUAGCGGUACUGUAGCGGUACUAUGGCGGCACGAGGGCGCGGCCGCCGUGGCCUCUCUUUCUAAUUACAAGGCUGAAUUAGAAAGUGUCAAAGAGUGUGGGAGCGCGUAGAUGUCACUUAAAUCGUUAGGCGUGUUCGUUGUCUCGUCACCCAAGUAUUACGGACGUGUAGUUGUAGCAAUAAUCGUUGAGUACGCUCGUCUCUCCGUGCCAGCCUUCGAUAUUGUGAUUCACUAAACCCUUGUUUUCGAUUCGUGUGAAGCUUUUGUUUGAUCAUUUAGACUGUGUGUGGACUGCAUUCGUUAGGUGGUACUGUUGCAAUGAAGUAUGUCUGUCUGUCUGUCUGUCUGUGCGCCCGGCGGCCGCGGCUCACUUUUCUAAUAUAUAAUUAAGUGUAGUGUUAUAUCUUUUACAUGGAAUCACAAAUUCUGACGUGUCGGCGGCGACUGACGUGUUGUCUAAGCCAAAUUGUUGAAUGUUGGCGCCAUGAUGAUACUUCGCUAUAUUAUUGUUAUUUAACUUACUUCAAAUACAGUAGAAAUUUAUUUUGCUCAAAUACAAAUUGUGUCCUGUUAUAUAUAGUGAGGUCGUAUACAAAUCAUAAGACCCAAUAUACAAAAUAUGUAACAAAUACAAAGUUUCAAAUGCAAUCAAGUGAUGUUUUUGUAACGCUUUUAUUUAUUGUAGUAGUGAACGGUAGAAGUUAAUAAAAUACAAAAUGAACAGGUUACUUUAAAUUAAUGUUUUAAAAAAGUAAUUGUUAAUAAUAACUCGGUAUGUUUAUAUCGGGAGUAAGAAUCAUGAAAUGCAUAUUUUUUAUUUUUACGAAAUAAUUCAAUAGUGUUUGUGAGUAGGACGAUGCGAUCAGUUCUCCCGAAAUACAUAAUACUAUUUUAAAUGUAGUUAUAUAUUUAUAUAUAUAUGAGCUUUGUUUUGUAAUAAUUUAGUGUAGUACAUUUUGCCUGCGAGGUGGACGUGUCGAAGGAUUUGUGAGAUAUUCAAAAUGAAAAAUAAAUUUUAUUUUUAAUUCCAAA